AUGUCUCCCUCGAAGCAACGAUCUACGCACGGCAGCAGUCCGGAGGGCGAGGAACCACUCCCCGAGCUCAACCAGGACGAGGUUCGGCGGUACUCUCGCCACCUGAUACUGCCCGAUGUCGGGGUCAAGGGCCAGCGGCGCCUCAAGGCUAGCUCGGUCCUCGCCGUAGGCACGGGGGGGCUGGGGUCGCCGGCGCUGCUGUACCUAGCUGCGGCCGGCGUGGGUCGGCUCGGGAUCGUGGACGAUGACGUGGUAGACGAGUCGAAUCUUCAACGGCAGGUGAUCCACGGGACCGCCACCCUGGGGAAGCCGAAGGUGGACUCGGCGAGAGACCGCAUGCUGGACGUGAACCCACACAUCAAGGUGGAAACUUUCCACGAGCAGCUCACCAGCGAAAACGCCCUCCGAAUAUGCGGCGGCUACGAUGUGGUGUUGGACGGGAGCGACAAUUUUCCUACGAAGUACCUUGUGAACGACGCGUGCGAGAUCCUGGGAAUCCCUAACGUGUACGGGGCUAUCUUAGGCUUCGAGGGUCAGAUGUCGGUUUUCACCUACAAGGGCGGACCGACCUACCGAGAUCUCCUGCCGACACCGCCACCCCCGGGACUGGUGCCUUCGUGCGCCGAGGGGGGCGUGCUCGGGAUUCUCCCCGGGGUCGUGGGCUGCAUACAGGCGACGGAAGUCAUAAAGAUCCUGCUGGGCAAAGGAGACGUGCUUUCUGGUCGGCUGCUCGUGUACGACGCCCUCAAGAUGUCCUUCAAGGAGUCUGACCUACGAAAAACUCCCGGGCGGCCGGCGGUGACCUCCCUGGUGGACUACCAAGGCUUCUGCGGCUUCUCGGCGGCAACGACAACGUCAACCUCGGCGGCGACACCCGCCGCCCAAGAGGAGGAGGAGGAGGAGGAGGAGGAGGUGGAAGAGGGGUUUCAGCGAGUCUCGCCGAAGGAAGUCGUGUCGAGGAUGCAAGGGGGCUGGGCGCCGUUCGUGCUAGACGUUAGGCUGCCCCAGGAGGCGGAGAUCGCGAGCCUGCCGUUCGUGGACCUCGUGUGCCCGCACCGCAAGGUGGCCACUAUCCUCGACCAGCUUCCCUCCGAGGGCGACUUGCUGGUACACUGCAAGGUGGGCGGUAGGAGCUCCAAGGCCUGCGGGACGUUGAGCGAGCACGGCGUUUCCUCCUCUCGCCUGUUCAACAUGGACGGUGGGAUCAUUCGAUGGGCGAAGGAAGUGGACAGCAGCUUGGCGGUGUAUUGAACUUUUUUGGGGGGGGGGGGGGACUCGCACUCACUCACUCACUCACUCCCGCUGCAAUCGACCAGUGUUUGGGGUGUUGCGGUUGCUUGCGUGUGUGUGGUGUGUUUGCUUUCUUUUUCUGAUGGGGGAGGAAGGUUUGGGUGAGUUGGAGAUCAUGAGACGAAACAGGAUGUCUGUCGCCUAGAAGAUCCAUCUUUUUUGGCUUUGAUGUAACCUGGCGGAAUCUCUUCUCUCUCAUUUUGUCCUUCUUGGCCUGUUGUUCAUGUUCUAGAAGUAGAUACGGGGCUGGCUUGUCGGAUCUGCAGAUGAUAGAGAAAGUGGGAUGGUGCCGUACGUCUGGGUAACUCAACGUCUGAGUUGUCGGGCCUGGCCUGCCUGGUCGUACGAACGCGAGAAGACAGCUUUUCUUUGGCGGUAAGGAGCAGAGCAGCCAGGGGGUGUUCUUUUUCCCUCGCGAAGCGUGUUCGGCAUGAUGAGAGGUGGAACCUAAGCCGCUAGACGGGCUCUGCACGUA